GUUUGUCACCACUAUAAUAAGCAAAGAAAAACACGAACAAAACAAAUGUGAAGAAAAUGCAUAAUAGACCCUUUCGCAAAUGUGCAUUACCGCAAUGUUCUGGUUUGCGAUUUAAUCUGGUGCACAAAUUCCCCCGUCGCAAGGAGCGACUCCAGCAGUGGCUGGAUGCCAUUGGCAGUCCGCGUUUAAGCAACCUUCCCGUGGAACGUUUGAAUCUGCUUUGGAUUUGUUGUCGUCACUUUCGUGUCGAAGACUAUGUCAAUCCGCAGUCCAAGACGUUGAAUGUGGCUGCGGUGCCAAGUUUGAAUUUACAGCAAUUGAAUGCCUUGGACAAAUGUCGUCAGGGCGAUGUGGAGAAGGCAACCGUUUUGACAGAUGAAGAAAUCAUUUGGCUGCAGGAGAGCAAAAGUAGGGGGCAAUUGGAAUUGCUGAAGCUGAAGGCCAACCCGCGACAGACAACAUCGCCAAGUGGACAGCAGCAACAACAGAGUAAUAGUGUCAGUUCCACAACCAUUACCCCAUCGCCGCCACCACCACCAUCCACAUCACCAACGUCAACAACGGCAGCAAUCAGCCUAGCUGAGGCGGAAAGAAUUUUAAAACAAACACCUUGCUUUCCCAAAAGUAUCACCACAUCAACUGCAACAACGCCAACCUCAAGCAUCAUCCCACCACCCACCAUUCACAAUGUACCACCAUCACCAACAGACUCCACCGAAGAUACCACCGAUUUUACCUUGUUUCUCGACGAUGGUUACAUUGAAAUUAAUGACUACAAACGGGCACGUACCUAUGAGCUGAACAGUUUAUGGUUGCGUUCCCUGUGCCAUUGCUCCAAAUGCUAUGACGUUGAACAUGAUGUGCCCAAGAUAAAUGUAUUCGAAUUGUCACCCGAGGUUCAGCCAAUUAUGGCAAAUGUUUCGGAUGAGACGACGAAGUUGGAGAUUGUAUGGGAAGACGGUCAUACCUCUACAUAUGACCUAAAUAAAAUCUACGAAAAAAUGCAAAGAAAAAACGCCACGAAUCCUCUGCAUAAUUACAUAUUGUGGUCAGUGCGUGAGAUGAAAGAAAAAGACACUUGCGAUGCUUUUCAACCCAUACCAUGUUACGAUUUGCUCAUGGAUACGAAUAAAAUACCCACCGCCCUACAAAGGUUACAACAAACUGGCGUCUUAGUUAUAACCUCCCUACCCAAAUCCGAUGCGGAUUCAUUGCUCAGACGGACGCUUAUAUCAAAACUCUUCAAUCAUGUCUGGGAUAAUUUGACGAGUGAACGGCGACGAAAUUUUUGUGCCAACCACACAACGCCCUAUACGAACUGUACCUUUGAGUCCAUGGACAAGGGUCUACAAAUGCUCACUGUGCCAUAUCACAAUGAAAAUAUCAAAAUUAAGUUAUGUCUGGUCGACGGUUUUAAUGCGGCCAAACAAUUGCAACAAUUGAAUAAAAUAUCUUAUGAUUUUCUAACCCAGUACAUACUGGACUAUUCGUUUAAGGAUAAUCGAGGUUAUAGUCACAAAACCAAACAUCAUGUUAUUAAUCUUAAGGAUGAACGUAUUAUGUUCGCACCGUAUCAUUUGGGUGAUUUGAAGGCGCAAGAUUUCGAUUUGGUUGCCACACAUUCUAGGAAUUUCAAUGAAAUACUGAAACGAAGCGAAAAUCAAUGGCAUUUGGAAUUGGAUUCUGAGAUGUUGAUCAUUUUGGAUAAUUUUCGCAUUUGUUGGUGCCUAAGUGAGCCGCAUGCCGAUGCAGCUGAAUUGAGCUGUUUCUACAUGGAGAGAAGACAUUUUCUGAGUAGUUUACAUCAAUUACAAAAGCAGUGAUUUUCUUGUCGUAUACACCAAUCGCAACAUUUAAAGUUCCUAUAUAUAUAUAUAUAUAUACAUGCAUAUAUACAAAACCCAUCUACAUACAUACAUAUAUAUACAUACAUAAAAAAAAACAAUUCGAAUGUUCCUAUUAAAAUUUAAGCCUAAACUCUGUUGUUGACCACUUCCCAACUAAGUUCAAGUGUGGAUGCAACAGACUAAUUUAAUGAUAAGUUAAGCUAGGAUGUUCCUAAUUACGAGUAGUUUGAUGUUCCUAUUUUACAAAAGAUAAACAUAAGAAGAAAAAAAAAAACGAAAUCAUAAAAGCUCAUGCUUGACAAGUGUAAUAUUUUUAAAAGAAUAUUAUAUUUAAUAUACUUUUAUUGAUGUUCCUAUUUACAAAUAGCUGAUAAAUAAAAUCAACAAUGAUGAUAAUGAUGAUAAAACUCCAA